CCGCGGGCGGGGCGCAGCGACGGCGCCCGAGGCGAAACCCGAGCCCGCACGCUCCCAGCCGCCAGCUGCACUGUCGUGGCCGAGUGGGGAGAAAAUUGGCGUGAUCUGGUGGACGACGACGUCAAGCGUUUGUGUGUGUGUGCUCUCUAGGUGUUGGUGCCAGUGUGUGUGUGCUCAGUGCUAAUUUCUGUUAUUUCUGUUAUCGAGGCAGUGAUUGCAAGACAUGAAGUUUGUCGGAACGUCCUUUAUUUUGCAGUUACUGCUAACUGAAGGUCUGUCGGCGGUGCUGAGGCGGGCCGCCGUCACGGUGCGGGCCGGAGAGCGAGCCCUGCUGCCGUGCCCCGGUCUCACAGACACCGGCUCACCAGGGGGCGGUUACAGCGCCUACAUCAUCAACCACCUGUCCUGGCGCUGCGCCACCUCCAAAAAAGCCUGCCCGGCCGCCGACCCGGAGGGCCGUCUCGUGGAGUACGUGUCGCGCACGGUGCGGGUGCACGGCAGCGGAGAGCGGCUCGGCCUGGACCGCUCCUCGUGGUCGCUGGUGCUCAGCCCAGUGACGGCGGCCGACAACGGCACCUACAGCUGCUUCUUCAACAGCCAGGUGGACCAGCGCCUGGUGGAGCUCGUCGUGCUCGACGUACCGAAACAGCCGGGUAGGCCGACACACACUCACCACUCUUCUCGGCAUGUCACACUCAGCUGGGUGCCCAGUUUUCCACUCAACAAUAUGCCCAUCGAGUACUACCUGAUCCAGACCAGGCUGGGUGAGUCGGGCAGCUGGCCGCCGCUGGAGGAGGCCCUGAGGACGGACGGCGCCGUGACCAGUGCUAACGUGACCGGCCUGCAGCCGUUCACCCUCUACACGUUCCGAGUGAUAUCGGUGAACGAGCUGGGCCGCAGUGAGCCCAGCCAGCCGUCCUACCCGGUAAAAACGCUCAGAGAACCUCCGCGCGGGGCGCCCACCUUUACCGGCGCCCACAAUCUCUCCGCCACAUCUGUGGAGGUCACCUGGGAUCCUCCUCCGAGCGACACCAUCAACGGAGAGCUGACCGGCUACCUGCUCAGCUACUGGCCGCUCCCGGCCGGCGUCGUCAAGGAGCUCGUCCUGCGCAACUAUGAACGCACGAGUCGGGUCAUUGAGGACCUCAAGCCGUUCACAAAGUACCAAGUGAUGCUACAGCUGACCAACCUAGCUGGAACAAGUCCUUCAGCCAACAUCACCGUCACCACAGCAGAGGGAGUGCCGUCGGCGCCGGAGAACAUGACGUUCUCGGAGGUCAGUGACCGCAGUGUGACGGUGAUCUGGGAGCGGCCGCGCCGGCUCCACGGCCGACUGCUGGGCUACACCGUCUACUGGGAGACCAAGGACGACACCACCAGCUCGCGCAACAUCACCGACCCGCUGCAGACCUCGUGCACCAUAGACGGCCUCGAGCCGGACAGGCAGUACACCGUUUGGCUGAAGGCGUUCACGGGCGCCGGUCCGGGUCAGCGCUCCCAGCCCGUACAGCGGUGGACAGACGUCAGCGGCCCGGGCGCGCCGCGCAUCACUGACGUGACCUGUCCGGGGGACACCACCCUGCACCUGCGCUGGCGGCGACCCGGCACCUUCUAUCGGUCUGUGGAUGAAUACAAUGUCCUGUACCGAGAUGACGAGGCUCUGGAGUUUGAGAAACAUUCGGUACUGGUGACCUCUGCUCAGCAGUACAUUGCGACGACAAUAAGUAACAUGACCCGAGGUCACGUGUAUGAAAUCGUGGUCGAAGGUGUCACCAGGUCACGAAUGACACGCGACAGGAUCUACCGAGGCGAACUGUCCACACCACGAAAGGUUCGGAUGGAGGAGGGUUGUCGGGAGAUCCAGCCGGUCAGCACGUGGUCUCAGGUGGAGACCACCGCCAUAGCCGGCGCUCAGCUGGCCGGCAUUCUAGUCAGCUGCCUCCUGGUCACCUUUCUGCUCGUCGGAGCCAUCUUCUGGUGGCGGCGGCGGCACCUGUCGCAGAUCUGGAAGCCGGUCGGCUCGGGCCGGCUCUCCCCGGACGGCAGUUCGGCCGGCUGGUCGGCCGCACCGCACCACGCCGUGCCCGCCCACGUGUUCCCGCAGGCCGUGCACGAACUGCACGCAGACGGAGCGGCCGGUUUCCGCCGAGAAUGGACCCAGCUACGACCGCGAGGAGACGAUACGGAGACGGCACCGCUCGCAGGAAAACCCGGCGGAAAACUGGCCAUGGCUGCGUCGCAUUACCAGCAGACGCGGGUGUCUGUCUCGUCGCGCCAGUACCGGUCCAAGCCGCAGCCGGCCGCCUAUCUGGUGGACGGAUACCGCCGAGCGGGCGCGUUCCUCGUGUCUGAACGGCCGCGCGCCACCACCCGGGACGCCCUGUGGAGACUGGUCUGGGAGCAGCGGGUGCGCACCGUGGUGCUCAUGGGACCGCUUCAGGGGGAGGCCGACCAGCCGUGGCCGGAGCCCGGCUCCACGCAGACCUUCACCACUCUGCGGGUACAGACGCGCUCCCAGCACGCGUUUGCCUCGUUCACCGUCCGCCGGCUGGGCCUGUCCAAGACAAAGGCGUCGACGAAGAAGAAGCGGCCGAAGGAGGUGCUGGUGAAGCUGUUCCAGUACAACUGCUGGCCCGAGUACGGGCACAACGAGAACCCGCUGUCGCUGCUCGAGUUCGUCCACCAGAUUCAGUCGGCCGCCGACGAGCCCGGCGCGCCCGUCAUGGUCCUGGCCGGGUCGAGUCCGAGCAGUGCGGCUGUUUAUGUGGUGGUGGCCACUCUGCUGGCGCAGCUGAGACACCGGCAGGAGCUGUCAGUGCUCUCCUACUGGCGACAUGCGCUCGACCAGUGUCCGCUGUUCGCUGCACCACUGGACGAGUACAAGUUCGUUCACACGUGUCUACUGGAGAGGGUGAUGUCGGGGGAAACGCUGGUGCCCCGCCACCAGCUACGUCAGUUCCUCGAGCAGCUGCAGGGCGGCUGUCGGAACAGCUACCCCUACCCAGCCGCCGAAAAACAAUAUAAGCAUGCCAUCGCGCUGGAGGCUCACCAGUUCGCCGUGGUCUCUGCGGCCCGUCCGUGUAACCAGGCCAAGAACCGCAGCCUGAGCAGCAUUCCCAUGGAGCCGUCCCGCGUGUGUCUGACCCCGCGGCUCAGUCAGGAGGGCUCCGACUACAUCAACGCCUCCUGGCUGCCAGGUUUUCGGCACCAGGAGGAAUUUAUACUGACGCAGCACCCACUGCCCAAGACGGUGCUGGACUUUUGGCAGAUGGUGUGGGAGAGCCGCGUCACCACCGUCGCCUGUCUGACGUCAGAGGAUUGCGGCAGCUUCUGGCCGAGGGAGGAGGAAGAGAUCAUCGAGUGCGACGGCUUCCUGGUGCGCUUCCUGUCGCAGGCCGCCGGCUGCAGCACCUCCUACAAGACCUCCUGGGUGGUCAGGACGCUGCUCGUCGAGUCAACAGAGGGUGAUGUGGACCUGCUGGUGCGUCUGGUGCACCUGCCCCUCUGGCCAGAGGAAAGCUCCACAGACUCAGUGAUGGAGGGAGUGCAGGCCGUGACUGAGAUACACGGCGACCGACUCUCCCCGCUAGUCGUCAUCGAUAGGAACGGCGGCACUGAGGGCGUCAUGUUCUGCGUGUUGAGCUCUGUACUUCGUCAGCUCCAGUACCAGCCUCAGUUCGACAUAUUCACCUACGCCAAGCUCUACCAUCAACGGCGGCCCGGCUGCUGGAAAACUAUGCGGGAGUUCCUGUGGCUGUACCAGGUGGUGGAGGCCUGGCUGCCGGCAGAGAUGGAGUCGGAACACACCGCCGCGCUGGCCGAGCGCCACUCCUGGGCCGUCAGCCUCACGCGCACUCCCAUCGAGGCUAAACUGAAUGGAACCCACGGUGUCAUGGUGUAAGGGAAGAGGCGUAGGGACAGGCUGGGUAUGAGAGCCGUGCCGUGCCGAGCCCGGUCAGGCCAGACGGGUCGGGCGGCAGGACUGGAGUGUGAGGCCCACGGCACCGACCGCCAGACCCGGGGCCCGGGCCCACCGGACGAGCGGGUGGUGUUUGUGAUUUCGGACAUCUGUUUACAUGUGCCAAGCGUCGUACUUUAUAUGCUACUUGUUUAUCUGUACAAAGUGAGAGGCGCACGGGUCUGCUAGCGUCUGAGCCGGCUUCUGUGUAAUCGUUAAUAGCGAAAGUGACAUCUGUUUGUGUGAAGAAGAAAUGUCCUGGCUGAGGUAAAUGAGGGUGAUUUGUUUUGUAUUUGAUGUUGCCGUUCGCCCGCGUUUUGUGAUGGCAUUGGUCGUGUGCUGGCCCUACUACGCUGUCGAUAUUUAUUUAAUUGUGUCCGUCUUUAUAUAUGCAUUUAUAUUUAGCUAGAGUAUGAAAGGCAAUUGAACUAGAAGAACAUAAGUCAUGGUUUCCAAGAAAUGAUAAAACUGGCACCUAUAGUGUCUAAAAUAAUUUAUUUUGAAUAGAUAGAUAAUCGUUUGCACUGCAUAUUGUUAGUUACGUUAAUUUAUAAGUGAUAAUUUAUUCAAUUAUGUUUGAAAUGCGAGCGUUUACCUGCCACCGGUUGUGGUUUGGAUGUUCAUCAAGCAUAACGUCGAAUGCUUUACUGUUUUAUUGCUUAUUGCGCUUGCAAUCCAUGCCAAAUAAAAUAUUUAUUGCA